AUGUUCUUGACAAAAUUUUGUCGCCAACAAGUUAGUUUUCUUUCCUAUGAAAGUAUUACAUUGUUUAAACACGAAAUCGAUCCAGUAAUUUUUUGGCCCCGACCUCUCUGUUUUACUGCGUCUCUUCGAUGAAUUUAGUUUCUCGCUACGGCACAAAAAUUCUUUCCCUGCGUCAGUAUCAAACAUUUUUGCCUCCUAUCCUUUUCGCGUUUCUUCUUUCAAUUCAAGAAGUAUUUUCCGUGAAUUGUUUCAAAAAAUUUGCGUUAUUGACUCAAAAAAAUCCUUUAGUUUUUGAUUUGAAAAGACUGUUUUUCAGAUCGGCAAUCUGCUCAGAAUGGCUCCAAAAAUUCAGGGAGGAGAUGUCGUCGAGAUGCAGGGAGACGAGAUGACCAGGUAUUUCGUUUUCAAGAGUUUCUGUUGAGAAUUCUCAAUAGGAAAUGGAAAUUCUGCAAUUUAAUAAUAAUUCAGGCAAUGGAAACUUGCUAAAAUCAAACUUUCUCAAUCUUAAAAUAGCGCUAAAAGAGUGUCAGUUUCAAUUUAUCUUUCUUUUUGAUGCAACUGUGGUUUUCUUUUUCCCAUUGUCUGUGAUUUUUCGAUCGGAAACCCUGAUAACCUCUCUUUGGCGCACUCACGAGAAAAACGUGGCGUGUUUCGGGGUAACUGAUAAGAAUGCAGAGAAUGAUUGAAUCCAUUGUUUCAAGAAUGACGGGAAGAUAUUAAGCAGAAAAUUUUGUUGAAAAACCCAGUAUAGGACUUUAUCAUAGCAAAAAAGAAGAAAACUUAUAUCGAUGAUUGUUCAGAAUCAUCUGGGACUUGAUCAAGGAAAAACUGAUCUUUCCUUACGUCGACCUGAAGCUCCAUUUCUUUGACUUGGGUAUCGAACAUCGCGAUGCCACCGACGAUAAAGGUGUGUGAAAAUUCUCUAAAUAUCUUCUGUGGCUAACGAUUUCAUUGUUGUUUAGCUUUUUUGAAAAUUUGAAGACAGGAUCCUAAAAGGGUUUUCUAGUGAAUUAUUUGGCACGAUAAAAGGAAGCUCGGUUUUCAAUCUUGAUUCGUGAAAAAUAACGAAAAAAAAAAUGAGAAAGAUUCGCAUCUCUUGUAGCUUUUAGUAGUUUUGAUUCAGUUACUGUCGAGGCGGCUGAGGCGACACUUAAGUACAACGUCGCUGUGAAAUGCGCGACCAUCACUCCCGACGAGGCUCGCGUCGAAGAGUUCAAGCUGAAGAAGAUGUGGAAGUCGCCGAACGGCACGAUCAGAAACAUUCUCGGAGGAACCGUCUUCCGAGAGCCCAUCAUCGUGAAGAACGUGCCGAGACUCGUCAACACCUGGACCAAGCCAAUCAUCAUUGGUCGCCACGCGCACGCUGAUCAGGUUCCGUCGUUCUUCUUUCAUAACCAGUUUGCUCGUUUUCAGUACAAGGCCACCGACUUUGUCGUCCCGUCGGCCGGAAAGCUGGAGAUCCGUUUCGUCUCGGAAGACGGCAAGACCACCAUCAACGAGACGGUUUUUCAAAUUGUUUUUUUUUAUGAGAAUAUCUUAUUUUCUUGCAGGUUUAUGACUUUAAAGGACCCGGUGUUUCACUCUCUAUGUACAACACUGACGAAUCCAUCCGGUGAGCAUUUUUUCGAAUGGAUUGAGAACAUUUUUUGAUAAUCUCCAACUGCAAUAUGAUAAAUUGAUUAUUCAGUUUGAAAAGAAAAGGAGUCCCGUAUUUUUGACACGAAGUUCCAGGGGAAACGCAAUAAUCUAUAAUUUGAAAACUGAAAAUAGCUUUUAUCAAUAAUUUUUUAAGCGAUUUUGCCCACGCUUCCUUCAAAUACGCUCUCGGCCGCAAGUACCCGUUGUACUUGUCGACGAAGAACACGAUCUUGAAGAAGUACGACGGACGAUUCAAGGACAUCUUCGCCGAAAUCUACAAGGUUGUUAUCGGCCUCAAAAACUGCUAUCGACGAGUUACAGGACUACGAGGCCGACUUCAAGGCCGCCGGAAUCUGGUACGAGCACCGUUUGAUCGACGACAUGGUCGCCCAGGCCAUGAAGAGCGACGGCGGCUUCGUCUGGGCCUGCAAGAAUUACGACGGAGACGUUCAGUCCGACUCUGUCGCUCAGGGUGAGAAAACAGAGAGGCUAGACGAACACGAGAUAAUGGUUUCGAAACAAUUUUCAAGUAGUUUCAUUUUUCAUAUUUUAUCUUUCGAAUUCAAAGACGCAAACAUGUAAUUUAAAAAACUCCGCGUUUCGAAGACUCAAAAAAAGGCGACGCAGGCAAAAAAAUAAUAAUAAAAAAAAGAAAUUUAAAUGUUGGCGGACAAAACUUGCACUCACAUUGUUGCAAACGUUAUUAACGACAAAAAAAAGUUUGUGAAAAAAAAAGAGAAGAUUGUUGAUAUUUACGGAGAUCAUUGACGUUGACAAUAUCAAUUCAAGGGUGACUAUGCCAGCUUCGUAUAAAGUGACAUUCAAAAAUAUCUCUUUAAAUAUAACUUUAAAGAAUAAUUAGAACAUCUUUUUUUCUUCCAAUUUGAAAAAGCGAAACAAUUAUAUUAGAAGGAGUCCAAUCCAAAUUUUUUCAAGACUUUUUUUAAAAUUCCAUUUCCUUCUGCUCUUACGAGAAAGAUCCUUACGCUUGAAAUUUCUGUAAUUGGUCAGGACUCGCCUUGAUGUAUCAAGGAUCCGAAAAACCGCAGCUUAUGCUGUUAGUCUUCAUUAAAAAUAACUAGCCGUGCUGCUUGCAACUUUCAAAAUAUUCACUGAGUACAACAACGAGUUUACGUCAGAGUUUAUUUGAAAAAAAAGAUGAAAUUUUUUGCUCGACCACAAAUAAUUUCUGUAUGAUUUGAGGCUAUGGAUCUCUCGGUCUGAUGACGUCGGUUUUGGUCUGUCCCGAUGGGAAGACGGUGGAGGCCGAAGCCGCCCACGGAACCGUCACUCGUCACUACCGAAUGCACCAACAGGGCAAGGAGACCUCCACCAAUCCCAUCGGUCCGUCUUUUCUCUGAAUGAGCUCGUGGAUGUUUGGGUUAAGCCUCGAUCUUCGCCUGGAGCCGUGGCUUGUCUCAUCGCGCCACCCUCGACAACAACCAAGCCCUCGCGACUUUCGCUCAGAACUUGGAAGAGGUGAGAAGAUUUUAUAACGACUACAGGCUCUCAAGAAGUCUAAGAGAAAGUUUCCUACUUUUUUUCUUCAAUUUUCGGUGCUUGUGAGUAUAUUUACUAGUUCUGAGUAUUCGUUCAAGUUCUUGAUUCUCAUGCUCGAUCUUUUACAGGUCUGCAUCGAAACCAUGGAAGCUGGCUUCUUGACCAAGGACCUCGCCAUCUGCAUCAAGGGAACUAACAGGUGCGUCUUCUUGGGUUUUGUUUCGUAGGCUUUUUGGAGCCGACAAACGCUUGCUUUUUUGUCCCUUUCUCAUAUCUCUUUCUGGCCAAAUUGAUGGAAGAAGUUCAGUGUGGAACGAUCCGACUACCUGAACACUUUCGAGUUCCUCGACAAACUCGCCGAGAACCUGGCCAAGAAGCAGGGCUCUCAUUGA